AUGUCACUUCCUUCAUCACCAGCACCUAUUUAUCAGCCCAACAGUACAUUUCAAACCAAAGUUAGAUUGAACAAUAAAGCGCUCGAAUCACUUGAGCCAAAUCUAAGGAGAGUGGCAUCUGUGCCAAACACUAAAGAAUACUUUGCUUCAACCAAUAGCAUUCAUUCAACUCCUGUCAGUAGCCCUAAAUUGAAACCAUCCUAUUCACUACAAAAGCAACAAGCUCAAGUAGGUCCAAGUGAUUUCGAAAAGAUUCGAUUACUAGGAAAAGGAGAUGUCGGCAAAGUAUAUCUUGUCAAACACAAGACCACUGACAAACUCUAUGCUCUCAAAGUUUUAUCAAAGAAAGAAAUGAUCAAAAGAAACAAGAUCAAGCGAGCUUUAUCAGAACAAGCUAUCCUGUCGACAGCCAAUCAUCCUUUCAUUGUCCCUCUCUAUCAUUCAUUUCAAAGUCGAGAUCAUUUAUAUUUCUGUAUGGAGUUUUGUGUCGGAGGAGAAUUCUUUCGAGCCUUACAGAAUCGUCCAGGAAGGAUAUUGAAAGAGAAUGAAGCCAGAUUUUAUGCUGCUGAAGUAGUAGCCGCAUUGGAGUAUUUACACCUCAUGGGCAUCGUAUUCCGUGACUUGAAGCCAGAAAACAUUCUCUUGCAUGAAUCAGGACAUCUCAUGUUAUCAGAUUUUGAUCUUUCCAUUCAAUCUUCAUCUGUUACACCGCCUACAUUCGUACAACCAAGUUCUCCAUUUUCUAAACAGCCCAUGAUCGAUACUCGUAUGAGCAUUAGGACCAAUUCAUUCGUUGGUACAGAAGAAUACUUAGCACCUGAAGUUAUCAGGGGAAGUGGGCAUUCAUGCACAGUCGAUUGGUGGACACUAGGCAUCUUUGUAUAUGAAAUGAUUUGUGGAUAUACCCCAUUCAAAGGUCGAACAAGGGACGAGACAUUUAAUCUGAUCCUCAAUCAACCAGUAGAAUUUCCUGAUAAUGCCUACUUCCAAACCUUAUCAAGUCAUUGCAAGUCAUUUAUACGUAAACUACUAAAUAAGAAUGAAAAGAAACGCCUUGGAUCACGUGCAGGUGCAAGUGAAGUCAAGUCUCAUCCGUUCUUUAAUACCAUCAACUUUGCUCUCUUACGCAAUAUGAAGCCACCGAUCAUCCCGUCCAAGGCUCAACCGAUUCGAGCAGUCCAUUUCAAUCGGAUAAAGGAAAGCGUGAGUUUUGAAUUAGAGACAACUCCUUUAGAUACAUUGUCUGAUGAUAAUGAUGAUGAUGACCCCUUUAAAUCAUUCAACUCAGGUAAAAAAAAUUUGAUGUAUUGA